AAAAAUAGAGUCGGUCUUCAGGUCCGAGAAAAGGCCUUCCAUUUCAAAAAACAGAAGCCAAACAACAACCACAACAAGAAAAAAAGUGGGGAUUGGCCAGAACUCGCAUAGGAGACCAAAGGAGAGCCCCACCCACAGGAGGGGGUCUGUCUUGGGGAGGCAGCGGAUAACCACUGCUCCAACGGACUUCUUCUUACGUGAUCCGGGUGAUCCUGAUCCAGUAGGGAUUGAGAGGAAAGAGUUCAAGCUUUUGUUGUUUUUUAGGGUGGUUUCGAAUUCUUCAAGGUAAGCCUCGCCUUGUCAUCCGCCUCAACAACUUGCUAGUGAAGCUCUUUAAGAUUUGACCUGAAAUGCGGUCCUGUUGAACGGAUAUUUAAGCAAAGGGGAAAGAAAAGAAAAAUCAAUCUUUUGACUUGAAAUUUAGGAGAGAUUUCUGGAGAGUAUAUUGGGAAUAAGUAGACGAAACUGAGAAGCAGAAGCUGAGAUGCUGAUUGGUAUCUUUUGAUUGUUUUUGGGGCAGGAAAUUGCUAUGGCUGUUGCCAAGAGCAACAGCAGCAGCGAACCACUCACGCAGCCGUGCAAUUGUUAUAAAGUCGAGAGCUUGACUGAAACCAUUUUGGAUGCAAAUCAAACUUCAAAUUUGAAAGAUCGGUACAUUCUUGGAGAGCAAUUGGGUUGGGGGCAGUUUGGUGUUAUCAGAGCGUGCUCUGAUAAAUUGACCGGGGAGGUAUUAGCGUGCAAAUCGAUUGCUAAAGAUAGAUUGGUUACACCAGAUGAUGUGCGGAGUGUGAAGCUUGAGAUUGAAAUAAUGACCAAGUUAUCUGGGCACCCGAAUGUUGUAGAUUUAAAGGCAGUGUAUGAGGAGGAAAACUAUGUUCAUUUGGUGAUGGAACUUUGUGCUGGAGGGGAGCUUUUUCACCAGUUAGAAAAGCACGGGCGAUUCUCUGAGUCUGAGGCCAGGGUUCGUUUCCGGCAUCUGAUGCAAGUGGUUUUGUAUUGUCAUGAAAAUGGGGUUGUUCAUAGAGAUCUGAAGCCUGAGAAUAUCCUCUUGGCCACAAAAGCCCCAUCUUCUCCAAUUAAAUUGGCGGAUUUUGGUCUUGCAACCUACAUCAAGCCUGGGCAGAGUUUGCAUGGGCUGGUUGGGAGUCCAUUUUAUAUAGCUCCGGAGGUACUCGCUGGGGGCUAUAACCAGGCUGCUGAUGUUUGGAGUGCAGGCGUUAUUCUUUACAUUCUUCUUAGUGCGAUGCCACCAUUUUGGGGAAAGACAAAGUCACGCAUAUUUGAUGCUGUUCGGGCAGCUGAUCUGAGGUUCCCUUCUGAUCCCUGGAAUCGCAUAUCAGAAUCUGUUAAGAAUCUCAUCCAGGGAAUGCUUUGUAUAGACCCUUCUCAAAGGCUUACUGCUGAGCAGGUCUUAGAUCACCCCUGGAUGGAGGACAAUGGCCCUAAAGAGCCAAGUGUAUGUGAAAACCAUGAUUGUGGAGAAUGGGGCGUAGGCGAUGGCUCUUUUUCCACCCCGUUUAUGUCGAGGAAUCAGGACAUCAGCUUUGGUGCUGGAUCACCUAUUACAUGUGAUGUUGAAUCACCUACAUUCACAUGCAGAUCAUCUUUUUCCUCUUUCCUGGCUGAACCAGCAACACCUUGCACUGCAUCUGGCGGGUUUUCUUUCCGCAGCAGCGGUGAUUCUAACACCUUGGAAUUCUCUUCCCCUGUUCCCACAAUAUCCAGUUUUGCAUUCUUCAGCCUUGGUUCUGUUAUUGAACAAGGGAGUUGUGCAUUAGAGUUUUCAACCAGUAUUCCCAGAGUAGAUGCAAUUCAAGGAGACGCAAGCUUGGGGAAGCUGCUCAUGCUGCCGGAUUCUUCUCUUUGCUUUGGGCAUGAGGGAAAAGAAAUGGAACACAAGGAAGCUGAAGUUAAAAGGGCAGGAGGAACGAUUGGAUCUAGGAUGUUUUGCAUCCAUAGCAAGAGGAACCAUACAAUUGGACUUGGUGAGCGUGAGCAACUUGAUCUCAUGGUGACUGAAUCAGUCAUCCGUUGGUCGUCAUGCACCCAUCUUCCUACGUCACUUCGAGCUUCUCUUGUAUGUUGAGAGUGUGGACUGCCUGACUGCAUUAAACUAAUUGGAGGUUCUUAUGAAGUAUUAAGAUGUUAAGAAAAUGGCAUGCCGACGGGAAGUUUCAUGCUGUCGUGUUGUAUUGUAUUGGCGCCGUUGUUGCUAAACCUGGUGCUUAGUGCCAGAUUCGGUUUUGCUUCAUGUAGCGGUGGUCUGAGUGGUUUCUAUCUGAUUUGAUGAGUUAGUGUUGGUUGUUUUUUGUUCAACCGGUAGUUAGUUUAACAACUUGUGGCUAAUGGACUCUUGGCUUGUGUAUAAAGUUCGUGUUUUUCAUCA